GUCCAAUCUGGAAGGUUGUUGGCGCACGCGAUUGAAGCGGCGCACUCGGAGUAAACGCGGCUGGCGGUAGUACGUGUGUCUUUUUGCUGAGGGCAGUUAUGUUUCUCCAAUAUUACCUCAACGAGCAGGGCGAUCGCGUUUAUACGCUGAAGAAAUUUGACCCUAUGGGACAACAGACUUGCUCCGCCCAUCCUGCUCGGUUCUCCCCAGAUGACAAAUAUUCAAGACACCGAAUCACCAUCAAGAAACGCUUCAAGGUGCUCAUGACCCAGCAACCGCGUCCUGUCCUCUGAGGGCUCGUUAAUCUUUUACGCUGCUCAUGCCUCGGCCUAUUAUCAGCAACCAAACGCGUCAAUCUGUAAGCCUUGAAGCCUUCCCAUGCUGUUUGGAAUCCUAUCUCACUCACCACGUGAAUGAGUCUAUACUGAUGGGCCUCGCCUGUAAAAGGAACAAUAUUUUUCUUUCUUUUUUUCAUGCCAGGUUAUUAAAGAUAUAGUGAACUGAAAGUUCAUUUUGUGUGUUGUUGGAGGAAGAGAUGGGGGAAGGGUAGUACCGUUGGUAGUACAAGGCCACUUGAGAACAUUCGUAAGCCCUCAUUGUAGCAAUAGAACUGUGUGCCAUCGACGAUAGGGUGUUGGGGGGAAAAAGGCUGUGAAAGACUCCUACAAAGGUCAGCAUUCCCUGGAAAACUACUGUCUAAUUGUGGGCCCUUUAAAAAAUAUUCUGAAUUCCUCAAAG